UAGUUAAUUCAUUCAAACUUCCAGCUACAAGCUGUUAAACUAUUUAUUAGAAAGUACAAAAUUAGAUAUAAAAUAGAUAAGACAUUAACCGCUAUCCAAUAAUCAUACAUGACGGACGUUCUCGGAUACGUUACCGACGUCCUUCAAAACAUUAAUGAUGGCAAUGUGGAAUAUUGCAAGACAGUGCGUUAUCAAGGACAACGUAAUGAACAAAUUGAACAAUUUGAUUCUGUUUUAAGAAAACUACUAGAAAAACAUAUUUACCUGGAAGAGGAGGUCGCUCGUUACCAAUCACUAUUGAAUGAAAAUGAUUCUGUAGUCAUUAUUAAAGACAGUUCUUUGCCCGCUACUAAUAAUGAAGAUUGUCUCCAAGUGAAACAAUCUAAUGAAACCGCUAUAUUAGCUCCACCUUCUGAUAAAUGUCAAACCAAUCAAAUCAAUAGUAAUCAUAUAAAUAAUCAGAUUCACGACUCAAAUUCAGACAGUUCUCCUAAUACACCACCCUCCUUGGAACAUGGUGAUCGAGUUUGUCUGGAAUGUCUGGAUCAAUGCACAAACGUUGCUUUGGCUGUUACUAGUGGCGAUUUUAAAAAACGAGUUAUUUGUCCCGUUGCAUCCGGCCCAAUGCUAACACUAAGAAACGCGAUUAAUACCAUGGUCGACAAAAUUGACAGAGUAUCUAUUGAACUUAUUCAUGUUGCUCGCGAGGUUGGCGAAGAAGGGAAACUAGGUGUACAAUCUAAAAGUGAAAAUUUAGAAGGUGAUUUCAGGGAUAUGAUGGUCCAUUUGAACAUGAUGGCUAGUAACCAUUCAAAACAAGUGAGAGAUAUUGCGGAAGUAUGUACAGCUGUCGCUCACGGUGACCUUAGUAAAAAGAUUACUGUUGAAGUAAAAGGAGAAACUCUUGUUUUGAAAAAUACUAUUAAUACUAUGGUUGACCAGCUAAAUUCAUUCGCUUCGGAAGUCACUCGCGUUGCUCAUGAAGUUGGUACUGAAGGUAAAUUGGGCGUACAAGCCCAAGUCCAAGGUGUUGGCGGAACGUGGAAACUAUUAACUGAUAAUGUCAAUACAAUGGCUGCCAAUCUUACCGCUCAAGUCCGUGAUAUUGCUGAUGUAUCUAAAUCUGUUGCUAGAGGUGAUCUUAGCAAAAAGAUUACUGUUGAUGUCAAAGGAGAAAUUUUAGACCUUAAAAAUACGAUAAAUACUAUGGUGGAUCAGCUACAAACCUUUGCUACUGAAGUUACCCGAGUAUCGCUUGAAGUCGGUACAGAAGGGAAAUUAGGUGGCCAAGCGAAUAUUAAAGAUGUUGGCGGUAUUUGGAAAGAUUUGACCGACAAUGUAAAUCUUAUGGCAUCAAAUCUUACUAAUCAAGUGCGUGAUAUUGCUACAGUAUGUAAAGCUGUUGCUUGUGGCGAUUUAUCAAGAAAAGUUACCGUACCUGUACAAGGUGAAAUCUUGGAACUUAAAGUAACAAUCAACACUAUGGUUGAACAAUUGCGUAUGUUCGCAGCCGAGGUCACACGUGUUGCUCGUGAGGUCGGUACUGAGGGUAUGCUUGGUGGUCAGGCUGAAGUUCAAGGAGUCGAUGGAACGUGGAAGAUUCUUACGGACAAUGUCAAUACUAUGGCCGCAAAUCUCACGGCUCAGGUCCGUGAUAUUGCAAAUGUAUCAAAAGCUGUAGCUCGUGGUGAUUUAAGUAAAAAAAUUACUGUGGAUGUAAAGGGAGAAAUUUUAGAUCUGAAAAACACCAUCAAUACUAUGGUAGAUCAAUUGCAGACAUUUGCUAUUGAAGUUACUCGUGUUUCUUUGGAAGUAGGAACUGAAGGGAAAUUAGGUGGCCAAGCUGUAGUUAAAGAUGUAGGUGGAACAUGGAAGGAGCUUACUGACAACGUGAAUAUAAUGGCUGCAAACCUUACAACUCAAGUAAGAUCGAUUGCCGAGGUCACUACCGCUGUAGCCAAAGGCGAUUUAAGCAAAAAAAUUAUUGUAGAUGUUAAGGGUGAGAUACUUGAUUUAAAAAAUACUGUAAAUUCUAUGGUGGAACAAUUAAGAACAUUCGCAGCAGAGGUAACAAGAGUAGCAAGAGAAGUAGGUACAGAAGGUAAAUUAGGAGGACAAGCCGUAGUAAAGGAUGUUGGUGGUACUUGGAAAGAACUAACAGACAAUGUCAAUACUAUGGCCGCAAAUCUCACGGCUCAGGUCCGUGAUAUUGCAAAUGUAUCAAAAGCAGUAGCACGCGGUGACCUAAGUAAAAAAAUAACAGUUGACGUAAAAGGAGAGAUAUGGGAUCUUAAAAAUACAAUAAAUACUAUGGUAGAUCAACUACAAACUUUCGCUACGGAAGUAACACGAGUAUCUUUAGAGGUGGGAACCGAAGGAAAACUUGGAGGCCAAGCUGUUGUUAAAGAUGUGGAAGGCACGUGGAAAGUACUAACGGAUAAUGUAAAUAUUAUGGCAGCUAAUUUAACCACGCAAGUACGGUCUAUAGCCGAGGUCACGACCGCUGUAGCUUGCGGUGAUUUGAGCAAAAAGAUCAGUGUAGAUGUCAAAGGCGAAAUACUUGAAUUAAAAGAUACAGUAAAUUCCAUGGUUGACCAACUUCGUAUGUUUGCUGCAGAAGUAACACGUGUAGCACGUGAAGUAGGUACAGAAGGUAUACUUGGAGUCCAAGCGCAUGUCAAAGACGUUGGUGGUACAUGGAAGGAAUUAACGGAUAAUGUCAACACCAUGGCGUCUAACCUUACGGCACAAGUACGUGAUAUUGCAAAUGUCUGUAAGAGCGUGGCUUGUGGUGAUCUCAGCAAGAAAAUUACAGUGAAUGUCAAAGGAGAAAUCUUGGAUUUGAAGAAUACUAUAAAUACUAUGGUAGAUCAGUUGUCUACCUUUGCUGCUGAAGUAACACGUGUAGCUCGUGAAGUUGGUACAGAGGGAAAACUUGGAGUCCAAGCACAAGUAAAAGAUGUUAAAGGUACAUGGAAAGAAAUUACAUCUAACGUCAAUACUAUGGCUUCCAACUUAACUUCGCAGGUCCGUGCAUUUGCUCAAAUAUCCGCUGCGGCAACGGAUGGCGAUUUCACACAGUAUAUUACUGUUGAUGCUUCGGGUGAAAUGGAUUCCCUUAAAACAAAAAUCAAUCAAAUGGUUUAUAACUUAAGAGAAAGUAUUCAAAAGAAUACAGCUGCAAGAGAAGCUGCAGAAUUAGCUAAUAGAAGUAAAAGUGAAUUUCUAGCUAAUAUGUCACAUGAGAUUCGUACACCUAUGAAUGGCAUUAUUGGAAUGACUACGUUAACCCUAGAAACCGAAUUGACAAGACAGCAACGCGAAAAUCUGAUGAUUGUAAGUACAUUAGCCAACUCUUUGUUGACAAUUAUCGAUGAUAUUUUAGACAUCUCAAAAAUUGAAGCCGGUCGUAUGACUAUUGAACAAAUUCCUUUUUCACUACGAUCAGCCGUAUUUGGAGUACUUAAAACACUUGCGGUUAAAGCAAAUCAAAAGAAGUUAGAUUUAAUUUAUGAUGUAGAUAAUGGAAUACCUGAUCAACUUAUCGGUGAUCCAUUACGUUUAAGACAAGUAAUAACAAAUCUGAUCGGAAAUGCCAUCAAGUUUACCACUGAAGGUGAAGUUGUUCUUUCAGUACACACACAAUUAAUCGAGGAUGAUCGAGUAAUUUUGGAAUUUUGCGUUAGUGAUACUGGUAUAGGUAUUCAGGAAGACAAGAUUGAUAUGAUAUUUGAUACUUUUUGUCAGGCUGAUGGUUCAACAACAAGAAAAUAUGGUGGUACUGGUUUAGGUCUUUCAAUAUCAAAACGUCUUGUGUCUUUAAUGGGUGGUGAUUUAUGGGUAAAGAGCGUAUACGGACAUGGAUCUGAAUUCUACUUUACAGUUAAAGUAACUUUGGGUACAAUGAGCCGAGAAACAAUAGAACAAAAAAUGAAUCCUUGGCAUGGUCGGCAUGUCUUAUUUAUUGAUACAAUGCAUGAUAAAACGGGUGUUGUCAGUAUAAUUGAAGAAUUAAGCCUUAGACCAAAAAUUGCUUGUUCUGUAGAGGAGGCCGCACUUAUAACAGCUUCUCGAAAAUCAGAUACACCCUUGUUCGACACAGUAAUUGUUGAUGAUUUAAGCAUUGUUGAAAGAUUAAGAGAGAUUACACAUUUAAGAUACAUCCCCAUAGUUCUUUUAGCUCCAGAGAUACCUAACUUAAAUAUGAAAAAUUGUAUUGAUCUUGGUAUCACAUCAUAUAGUAGUACGCCAUCGAAUUUACCUGAUUUAAUGAAUGCUUUAUUGCCAGCACUUGAGUCUCAUGCUGCGGUUCCAAGUGAUUUUGCAAGGCAACAACCAUUAGAUAUUUUAAUGGCCGAAGAUAAUAUUGUGAAUCAAAAAUUAGCGGUUAAAAUAUUAGAGAAAUUUGGCCAUAGAGUUGAAAUAGUAUCAAAUGGACAAUUGGCCGUUGAGGCUUUUAAAGCUAAACGAUAUGAUCUUAUAUUGAUGGAUGUACAAAUGCCUAUAAUGGGUGGAUUUGAAGCCACACAAAAGAUACGAGAAUUUGAACAAGAAACCGGUGGUCAUGUUCCUAUAAUUGCUUUAACGGCUCACGCAAUGAUAGGAGAUCGAGAGAAAUGUCUUUUUGCAGGAAUGGAUGAAUAUGUUACGAAACCAUUAAGAAUGAACGAUCUCAUUGCCACUAUAAAUAAAUUUCCUGUAAAAAAUCCUAUAGAAGAAAUAUCUAUCCCUGAUGGACGCAAUGAUACCAUAAGCUCCAUAAGCUCGAAGAUAUAACAUUGUGCAAGUUUUGAGUAAUUCAACAAAAACAUUAUUGUAUGAUAUUUUAUUUAAUUAAAUUUUUUAUUUAUUCAAUAUCCAUUUGAUUGAAGGUUUGUAAGUUUAUAAGAUUAUUUAGCAAAAAAAAAGCUUAAACUACUUAGAAUAUGAAAUUUUUAGUUGUAUAAAUUUGUUUUUUUUUAUGCUGUAAAUUCAAUUUUUUUAUAAAUUUUUUUUGACUAUUUCUUUUUUUCUUACAAUGGUUAUUUUUUUAUCUG